AUGUUCUUGGUGACGCGACUCUAUCGUCUGUUGUGGUACGCUGUAGGUCUGGUUUGGCGCCUCGGCACGUGGCUCGUAGGUGUCCGGGCACCGGCAACCCUUGCGGAGGGUUUUCACGGAAAGAGGCCACGUUCUACAGUCUGGGAAAGAGAACGUGAAGAUGCUCAAGGUGCUGCUUUCGGAGGGCGUUCUGGGAGCCCAGCUGACCGCGCUAGCCCCUUCGCCCCAGAGACCGAGUCGGCAGUGCUCUCGUUGCCGCUCGCAGACGGUCGUUCUGGGAACGCUCGCAAUCGGCCGCUCGCGGCUUCUACGAGUGCUGAACUUAUGUCCGGUGCUGAGUACCAUUCUAAAAAUGGUCGAUAUCGAGCUGGCACACCCCACGGGGAUAACCUGUAUCCGGCAGUCGGUGGUGAGCGUGUUUCGAGCAGUGCGGCCGCCGACGUUUACGAAGAACAGCACCAGCGGUUAGUCCGCCUCGGAGAGCACGAGCUUAUGCCUAGCGCUGGGCCGCGUUGGACCGAACAAGCGUCCGACGAGCUAUUGGAUGAAUACUAUACGGGCAAUGGUGGCGUCAUGUAUCCAGCAGCGCAUACAUCGGUGCGGUAUCUCGCGCGGAACGACGCUCGAUGGACCACUGCACCGCAGCGGCUCCGCCAGUUUCCUGAAGAGCAUGAGCCAGGAACGAGCGUGAUGGGUGGCGCUCCAUCCGCAAGUGGGGCGACGAUCCUCACGGAGGCAGACAACCAGAGCAAGGGGGGCGCACCAGAGUCCGCUGGACCCUCUGGUGCCGAUGCUGGCUUGACGUCGAGCUCGAUUCGCGAAGCGGUUCUGGAGGCGCUCCGUCAGACCCAGCAAGAGAGCGGCAAAUCGCCAGUCUCCAUGCAGAGUGAUUCUUUUUGGCAUUCCAAGGAGCCGCAGGAGAUGCGUCGGUUAAUGCGCCGUGUCUAUAUGAUCAUGUAUGCAUUUAUUUUCUCAACAGCGCUUUUGCUGAUUUUCUUUUUUCAACAAGAUGGACCUAUGACGUCCGAGCAUCGUAUUUUGCUAUGCGUUGUGCUUCCAAUCUAUGUGUUAUGCUUUGCAAUGUUGCACUCGUUCGGCGACAACUUUCCCGCAAACCUAGUGAUGCUCGUGCUUCUUAGCAGCUGCAGCUGGUUUGCAAUUGGAUUCCUUUCGGCAUUUUACUUGCAUCGUAGUGAGCUUGCGCCAUUCACCACAGGGGGCCAUGCAGCGAAGCUCAGCACAUCCCUUGGCAAAUUUUCCCGCUGA